AUGAAAUCCUAAAAUGAAUGUUAACAAAAGACCUUUGAUUAAGACAAUGAAAAAUUAGAGCCAUAAGAUUUGGAAGUUGAAUAAUCAGAUACCAAGAGAACUUAAUAAAAUAAAAUUAAACUUAAAAUGAAUAUUAAUUAAGAUAACUAAAUCUUAUAUUAUUAGGAUGGAGAAGCCAUAAGAAUGUAAUAAAUAAAUUAUAAUUAAAAGAGAAGAAUUUAGACCCAAUCAAAUUUAAUAAGAUGUGUUAAAAUAUUUGGAGUAGGUAAAAUUUCUUUUUUGGCAUGGAAAAUAUGGCCAGAAUGGAAAGAAAACUGGUUAUUGGUAUGCUAGUUGGAAUGGUUCUGUAUUAAAUUCAAUUGGUGGAUACUAUGAGGAAGGAUAAAAACAUGGAAGAUGGAAUCAAUUAUUUAAAAAUUAUCACAAGUAAAUAUUUUUUAAUCAAUGAAGUUCCAACAAAAUUUAUGAAAUUGGAGAAUAUUGCUAUAAUCGAAAAAUAGGAUAUUGGAAAUAUAUGUUGAAUGAUAAUUUGAUGUAAAUUAUUAUUUCAUAAUAAGUGGUGGUGGAUAAUAUGAUGAUAGAGGUCAUGAGUUUAAGGUUGGGAAGUGGAUUGAAUUGGAUGAUGGAUAUAAUCAAUAGAAAUAAGUGACGUAUGAUGGUGAAUAUAGUAAUGGUAAGAAAGUUGGUAUUUGGAAUAUUUGGUUCGAUUAUAAUAGGAUUAAAAAUAAUAUGUAAUUUUAGAUAUAUAAAAUAAAAUUUCUAGCGGUGUUGGGGCUUAUGAUCGUGGAGUUAGAAAUGGCUAUUGUAUUGAACUUAGUGAUGGAUUUAACUCUUAGUCUUAAUUAAUCUAUUAAGGUGUAUAUUAAAAUGGGAAAAGAGCUGGUAGAUGGGAUAUUAAGUUUAUGGAUUAAUAAAUGUAAGUAUUUUUAUAUAUUUUAAACUAAAAAACAUUCGAAAUUAGUGGAGGUGGAUUAUAUGAUUAAGAAGGGAAUGGAAAAAAAAUUGGUUUAUGGAUUGAUUUUAGCGAUGGAUUUAGAUCGGAUUCUCAAAUAACUUACAUUGGAGAAUAUAAAUAAGGGAAAAAAGUUGGUUAAUGGGAGAUUAAGUAAAAUGGGGCAAAUGAUUAUGAUGAAGAGGGUUACGAUUAUAUUAAUGACACAAAUAUAACUAUGUAAAUAUUAAAUAUAAGGACCAAAAAAUAGCGGCGGUGGAUUAUAUGAAUAAGAAAACGAAGUUAAGAAUGGAAAAUGGAUUGAUUUUAGCAAUGGAUUUGAUUAUGGUUCUUAAGUAAUUUAUAAUGGGUAUUAUUUAAAUGGGAAAAAAGUUGGUAGAUGGGUUAUACAUUAUAAGGAUAUUUCAAUGUACGGAAAUUAUGAAAAAAUGUAAUUAUAAAUAAUUAUCAAAUAUCAUUCAUUUAGUGGUGGUGGAUUAUAUGAUUAAGAAGGGCAAGGAGUUAAAAUUGGCAACUGGAUUGAUUUUAGUGAUGAGUAUAAAUGGAAUUCGCAAGUAAUUUAUGUUGGAGAAUAUAAACAUGGAAAAAAAGUUGGUAGAUGGGAAAUUUAGUUUAGAAAAUCGGAUGAAAGGGAAUUUAAAAAGAUGUAAUCAUUAAUAUAAAAUAAUAAUAAAUCUUUAGUGGUGUUGGAUAAUAUGAUGAAUUUGGUCAAGAAGUAAAGAUUGGUUAAUGGAUUGAUAUCGAUGGGAACUAUAGUGAUGAUUCAUAAGUAACUUAUCAUGGUGAAUAUAAAAAUGGAAAAAAGGUUGGCAGAUGGGAUUUUUGGUUUAAUAAUAAUGAUCUUGAAAAGGGAAGAAAACAUAUGUAAAUUUAUUUAUUUAUUUAUUAAAUAAUCUGAUUUAGUGGUGGCGUUUCUUAUGAUGAAUCAGGUUAAGGAGUUAAAACUGGGCAAUGGAUUGAUAUUAGCUAGGAUUUUGCAAAUUAUUUCUAAUUAACAUAAAAUGGUGAAUAUAAACAAGGUAAAAAAGUUGGUAAAUGGGAUAUUUGGUACAAGGAGGAAACUGAUAACUGGGGGGUUUUUGACAUGGAUCUAGAUUUUCAGGAUAUUGGUUUCAAGAAUAAUAGAAUUAAAAAAGAAAACAAAAUAAUGUAAUUAAUCAUUAAUUUAAUUAUAUAGUGGUGGUGGAUAAUACGAUAAGUAAAAUCAAGGAUUUAAAGCUGGGUUAUGGAUUGAUCUUGGGGAUUAAUUCAAAAAUAUGAAUAGGUAUUAUAUAAAGGAGAAUAUAUUAAUGGAAAAAAGGUUGGUGUCUGGAAAGUAUUGA